AUGGUCGCGGCACACACCUGCAGCCACCCGUCCGCUUCUGCUGAGUGGAUCAUCUGUCUGGAUAAGAGACCGGAGGAGCGUUCAGGGGAGGAUGUGGACAUUAUCUUGUCCCAUCUGAAAAGUGUGAAGGCCUUUGAGAAGUUCCACCCUGCACUACUUCAGCAGAUCUGUCUGUGUGGCUUAUACGAGUGUCUGGAGAAAAGCAUCACAUUGUACAGGCAGGGUGACAUUGGCACUAACUGGUACACCGUCCUGUCCGGUUCCCUAGAUGUCAAAGUCUCAGAAACUGCAAACCAUCAGGAUGCUGUCACCAUCUGUACGUUGGGCAUCGGCACAGCUUUCGGGGAGUCUAUUCUGGACAACACGCCGCGGCAUGCCACCAUUGUCACCCGAGAGUUCAGUGAACUGCUGCGGAUUGAGCAGAAGGACUUUAGGAGCCUGUGGGAGAAUUAUCGUCAGUGCAUGGCUGGUCUGCUGGUCCCUCCCUACGGUGUUAUGGAGAGCGGCCCAAAUACUGACAGUAAGUACAAACACUUGUCUUUGUUCGCCCAACAGUGA